AAGAUCGACGCACGUCUUGCGGUUGCUUUUGAGCUUUUAGUCGGAGGAAGGCUUCAAAAUUGCCAACAUCUUAUCUAAAUCACGCGUCGCGAUGCCCGAAGAGGUGAUUAGUUAUCGCACCGUUAAUAAGCAUCAACGGAGAGAUGCUGCAAAUUUCUUGAGCGAAUUCCAGCCGUUGCUCAAUUGGCGCAAUGGGGAGUCCUUUGUAGAUAUUGGAUGUGGUCCUGGGGAUGUAACACACGACAUAAUUAUGCCCCUUCUUCCGCGUGAUUUCACGCAACUCGUGUGCAUGGAUAUAUCACGUGAAAACCUCGAUCGAUGCUGUGAGGAAUUCCGUGGGGAUGAUCGUGUGUCUUGUGUGGAGAUUGAUAUGGGAAAACGACAGGAUUCCCGCAGAUUUAACCCAUUUAAUCAUGCAACCUCCUUAAUGUGCCUCCACUGGAUCCCACAGCAGGAGGUAGCUAUUGCAAAUGUUUGUGAUCUCCUCCAAAGCGGUGGGAGCUUCUUCUUCACCUUUGUCGCUGAUUGCCCAAAUAGGAAGAUGAAUAAGAAGAUGAUUGAGAGCAAAAAAUGGGCUAAAUUCCUUCAUGGCAUGGAUAUGGCUUGCAACCCCUACUGCUUCUCUCGGGAUCCCGUUGGGGUUAUCAGAAACACUCUCAGCAAUGCGGGAUUUGUGAAUAUCCACACAGAACUCCGCGAAGUUAUCUACCAGUGGGAUACACGUGAAGAAUUCCUCGACUACAUCAUCACUUUCUCAGCUUUCCUCAUCAAUCGCAUUCCACGGGAGCAUCAUGCGGAAUUCCUGGAAGAUCACGUAGAAAUGGGCAAGCACUACGGAUUAAUUAGGUCACUGUGUGACCCCCAGAAAUCCAUUGACCCCUACAAAAUAAUUGUAGGCUUAGCACGGAAGUCUUAAAGAGGAGUAAAAGGAAAUACAAAGAAAAGCUCACAGAGAAUUUUAAAAGCUUUCAAAAAUUCUUUUAUUUCAAGUUAUUCUCAAUAAGUUUUUUUUUCCUUUUUAAUUGUUAUGUUCCUUUUUUAUUAGUAAAGUGUUUGUUUUUUUAAUUUUAAUUAUAUUUUAUACAUUCAGUGUGUUGAUGGUAUUUUGUCGCGCUAAAUUAAAACAUUUU